CACCUGGAAUGUCCGGUCCCUUAAUUGGGAAGGUGCCGCUGCCCAGCUGGUUGAUGUCCUCGUGAAAAUAAAGGCUGACAUCACCGCCGUCCAAGAAAUGCGAUGGACGGGACAAGGACAAAGACGAGUAGGUCCUUGUGGCAUUUACUACAGUGGCCAUAUAAAGGAGCGCAAGUUUGGUGUUGGAUUCGUGGUGGGAGAGAGACUCCGUCGCCGAGUACUAUCAUUCACUCCGGUGAAUGAACGUCUAGCCACAAUCCGCAUCAAAGCGAGGUUCUUCAACAUAUCGCUGAUUUGCGCCCACGCCCCGACGGAAGAGAAGGACGAUGUGACCAAAGAUGACUUUUAUGAGCGCUUGGAGCUCGCUUAUGAGAGCUGCCCCCGCCACGAUGUCAAAAUCGUGCUUGGCGACUUCAACGCCAGGGUGGGCAAAGAAGGUAUCUUUGGCACUACGGUCGGUAAAUUCAGCCUCCACUAGGAAACAUCCCCAAAUGGGUUGAGGCUGAUCGACUUCGCCGGGGCCCGAAAUAUGGUUAUCUGUAGUACUAGAUUCCAGCAUAAGAAGAUUCAUCAAGCUACCUGGCUGUCUCCGGAUCGAAAAACUACCAACCAGAUCGAUCAUGUUGUGAUAGACGGAAGACACGUCUCCAGUGUUUUAGAUGUGCGUGCGCUCCGAGGUCCUUGUUGCAGCUAAGAUUCGCACUCGCCUCUGUGCAGCAAAAAACGCACGCCAACAAACACAAGGAAGCUUCGACGUCGAGAAGCUGCAAUCACAACAGACAGUCGAACGUUUUUCUACUCGGCGUGCACUCCUGCUCUCUGAGAGCACUCAUCAACAACUCGGUAUAAGGGAACUGUGGGGCGGCAUUUCAAACUCCUUACGUACAGCUGCAACCGAAACCAUUGGUUUUCGGAAAGUGCAAAAGAACAGCUGGUACGACGAGGAGUGCCGUGUCGCAGCGGAGAGGAAACAGGCUGCCUACCUAGCAACGUUACGAUCGAUCACAACACGUGCGGGAUGGUAUAGAUACCGAGAGUUGAAGAGAGAAGCGAGACGCAUUUGUAGACAGAAAAAGAAAGAGGCCGAAAUGAGUGAGUACGAAGAACUUGAUAAGCUGGCCGACAGGGGUAAUGCUCGAAAAUUCUACGAAAAGAUGCGGCGACUUACAGAAGGUUUCAAUACCGGAGCAUACUCUUGUAGAACCCCUAAAGGUGAUCUAGUCACCGAUGCCCAGAGCAUACCUAAAUUAUGGAGGGAACACUUCUCCAGCCUGCUGAAUGGCAGUGAACGUACAACGCGGAAAGAAGGCGAACCCGAUUCCCCAAUCGAUGAUGAUGGAGCAGACGUUCCAUUGCCCGACCAUGAGGAAGUUCAGUAGCAAUUAUCCGCCUGAAGAACAAAAAAGCGGCUUGGGUCGAUGGAUUGCCGGUCGAGCUAUUCAAACAUGACGGCUAAGAACUGAUAAGGAGCAUGCAUCAGCUUCUUUGUAAAAUAUGGUCGAACGAAAGCAUAUCCAACGAUUGGAAUUUAAGUUUGCUAUGCCCUAUCCAUAAAAAAGGAGACCCCACAAUCUGCGCCAACUACCGUGGGAUAAGCCUCCUCAACAUCGCGUACAAGGUUCUAUCGAGCAUAUUGUGUGAAAGAUUAAAGCCCACCGUCAACAAACUGAUUGGACCUUAUCAGUGUGGCUUCAGACCUGGAAAAUCAACAAACGACCAGAUAUUCACUAUGCGCCAAAUUUUGGAAAAGACUCGUGAAAGGAGAAUCGACACGCACCAGCUAUUCGUCUAUUUCAAAGCUGCUUUCGACAGCACGAGCUGCCUGUAUGCCGCGAUGUCUGAAUUUGGUAUCCCCGCAAAACUAAUACGGCGAAGGCGACUCCCUAUCGUGCGACUUAUUCAAUGUGCUGCUGGAGAAAAUUAUUCGAGCUGCAGAACUGAAUCGAGCAGGUACAAUCUUUUAUAAGAGUGUACAACUGCUGGCGUAUGCCGAUGAUAUUGAUAUCAUCAGCCUCAGCACCCGCGCCGUUAGUUCUGCUUUCUCCAGACUGAACAAGGAAGCAACGCAAAUGGGUCUGGCAGUGAACGAGAGCAAGACGAAAUAUCUUUUGUCAUCAAACAAACAGUCGUCGCACUCGCGACUUGGCUCUCACGUCACUGUUGACAAUCAUAACUUUGAAGUUGUAGAUAAUUUCGUCUAUUUAGGAACCAGUAUUAACACCACCAAAUAUGUCAGCCUGGAAAUCCAACGCAGGAUUACUCAUGCCAACAGGUGCUACUUCGGACUGAGUAGGCAAUUGAAAAGUAGAGUCCUCUCUCGACGAACAAAAGCCAAACUCUAUAAGUCGCUCAUAAUUUCCGUCCUGCUAUAUGCUGCAGAGGCUUGGACGAUGACAACAACCGAUGAGUCGACGUUGCGAGUUUCAAGAGUGAAGUUCUGCGAAAGAUUUAUGGUCCUUUGCGCAUUGGCCACGGCGAAUGUCGCAUUCGAUGGAACGAUGAGCUGUACGAGAUAUACGACGACAUUGACAUAGGUCUGCGAAUUAAAAGACAGCGGCUACGCUGGCUAGGUCAUGUUGUCCGAAUGGAUGAAAACUCUCCAGCUCUGAAAGUAUUCGUCGCAGUACCCGCCGCGGGAAGCAGAGGAAGAGGAAGACCUCCACUCCGUUGGAUGGACCAAGUGGAGAAGAACCUGGCUUCGCUUGGAAUAUCCAAUUGGCGCCACGUAGCGAAGAGAAGAAACGACGGGCGCGCUGUUGUUGACUCGGCUAUAAUCCCGUAAGCGGAGUCUACGCCAGUAAGGAAGAAGAUACAAUGACUUACGAUCUUUUUGGUUGGAUGAAAAUUGUCAAUUUGGCACUAAAGAAACAACCAUUUUUUUACCCAAAAAAAAAAACAAUUUUUUUUUUUCAAAAUGACGCCAUUUUGUUAAUUUUUGAUAUUUUUCAAAGAUCAUAGGUCAUUGUGUAGGAAAUAUCUUUAAGUUUAAGAAACUUUUCAAAUUUUUUUGUUUCAGCUACUCAUUCGGCCGGAAUCACGCCAGCAGUUGGGGCACUUUUUUUUGACACCUCCGAAGACAGCCCAUAACUCCGUUAUUUUCUAACAUUUUUGUAAAAAAAAAUCUUAAAAUAAAGCUGAAAAUAUGCCUUAUUACAUUCGAAUAAGUUCGAAAUAUUCAAUCGCGUUCUCUUAGAAAGAUUCACGAAAAUCGUCUAAUUUCUAAUGCGUCACACUGAUAUAGCCCCUUAAAGCUCCCGUUAUGCAAAUCGCAGCGAGCCGCAGGACACUUUCCAUUGGCUUCCGGUAGGUGGAUUUCCGUACGCCUGUCCACUUUACUGGUGCACCGUAGUGCAUGAGAGAGGGAGAGAGCACCAAGGUUGUGCCAAGCAUCUGCCUACACGCAUAUAGAGCAUUGCUGGCUUUCCUCACCCUUUCUUCCACGUUGUGUUUUCACAGCAGCUUGCCGUCCAAGACUACCCAAAGGUACGCGGUGCAGUCCUUGAGAGAGAGUUAUAACCCCAGACCCAUUUGCGAUGCCCAGUUCUGGAAUAUAUUGAGAGUGGUGGUCAUAACGCUAAUGGUCUGUAUACGUACACCUACCCGUUAUUAAGAUGGCCAUGUCAUCCGCGUAUGCCACUAUCUUAGGGGCUUUGCCUUCAUAGUUCCUUAGCAGUUUAUUCGCCACUAAUGCCCAUAGAAGCGGAGAUAGCACUACAUACGAUUUUUAAAAAUCGAUUAUUUUACGAGAAAACUCGAUUUUCGAGUAGAAUCGGAAUCGAGUUUACCAUCCCUACUGGCAGCUAUCGGGGCACAUAUAAAACUCCGCACAAUAACCACCACAAAAAAAAAUGAUUUUUUUUCCAUGUAAUUUAUAUGGAAAACAGAAAAUUUGAAAUAGGCACAUCUUAAUAUUAAUAUUAAGAGCUCAUCUUUUGAGUGACUUUUUUUACACAUUUUCGAAAGUUUUGAGCCUGUUUUUCAGUUGAAAAAAAGGUUGCCUUAGAAUGACACACCCUAAUAUGUAUAUAUAUAUUUUUUUUUUCUUUGUACUUAGGUGCCUUUCGGAAAGGCUCGAAGGACCAUUUGUUAACGUGUAACACUAGUAUACUUACUCGAUAUCUUUGUAGUAUACUAAUCUAUAUAUAACGGGUGAUUUUUUUGAGGUUAGGAUUUUCAUGCAUUAGUAUUUGACAGAUCACGUGGGAUUUCAGACAUGGUGUCAAAGAGAAAGAUGCUCAGUAUGCUUUGACAUUUCAUCAUGAAUAGACUUACUAACGAGCAACGCUUGCAAAUCAUUGAAUUUUAUUACCAAAAUCAGUGUUCGGUUCGAAAUGUGUUUCGCGCUUUAAUUUUGUUCAGCGAUGAGGCUCAUUUCUGGUUGAAUGGCUACGUAAAUAAGCAAAAUUGCCGCAUUUGGGGUGAAGAGCAACCAGAAGCCGUUCAAGAACUGCCCAUGCAUCCCGAAAAAUGCACUGUUUGGUGUGGUUUGUACGCUGGUGGAAUCAUUGGACCGUAUUUUUUCAAAGAUGCUGUUGGACGCAACGUUACGGUGAAUGGCGAUCGCUAUCGUUCGAUGCUAACAAACUUUUUGUUGCCAAAAAUGGAAGAACUGAACUUGGUUGACAUGUGGUUUCAACAAGAUGGCGCUACAUGCCACACAGCUCGCGAUUCUAUGGCCAUUUUGAGGGAAAACUUCGGACAACAAUUCAUCUCAAGAAAUGGACCCGUAAGUUGGCCACCAAGAUCAUGCGAUUUAACGCCUUUAGACUAUUUUUUGUGGGGCUACGUCAAGUCUAAAGUCUACAGAAAUAAGCCAGCAACUAUUCCAGCUUUGGAAGACAACAUUUCCGAAGAAAUUCGGGCUAUUCCGGCCGAAAUGCUCGAAAAAGUUGCCCAAAAUUGGACUUUCCGAAUGGACCACCUAAGACGCAGCCGCGGUCAACAUUUAAAUGAAAUUAUCUUCAAAAAGUAAAUGUCAUGAACCAAUCUAACGUUUCAAAUAAAGAACCGAUGAGAUUUUGCAAAUUUUAUGCGUUUUUUUUUAAAAAAAAGUUAUCAAGCUCUUAAAAAAUCACCCUAUAUAAAAUUAAGUGGCAAAACUUCCUGUUCGCAUACUCCUCCUAGACGGCUUGCCCGAUUUCAAUGAAAUUUUCAGGGGUGAUUGGGGUCCGUUUGGAGGGUGCACAUAAGAAAUUUAAUGGGUGUAUCAUUGCACGUUUUGCAAAAAAAAAAAAUGAUACAUCCCGCCUAUACAAAUUCUCCUCAAAUAAUGUUUUGCCGAUAGAUUGGCAGUCCUGUCAAAUGCCUUUUACUAAUAAACAGAAACAACUGGCAGAUGUUUACAAUUAAUAAAAAAAAACACUGACAUCGCAUGUUGAUCGUUUUUUCCUGAAUUGAUUCGAUUGUUCAAAAUCGCAUUGGACCGCAUGCCGUCUGAUAACCAUCGAAUCGUCAUCAGAGCAGACAAAAUGCCGAUGGGGCAGCAUGCCAGACGAUUCAACGCACCAACAAUCGAUGAGUUGGUAAUCGUCAUUGUUGGUGAACAGUUUGAAUCGCGAGAUAUUGUACUGCACCGUAGAAACGAACAACUUCAGCGUGUUUCCGAGCUACACCGUAGUUAUAAUGCAUUACAGUAUCCGAUAUUAUUCUGGAGAGGUGAUGACGGCUAUCACAUCAAUAUGCGAUUGAUAAAUCGAAGAAAUGUUACUACCGAUUCAAUAUUUUGUGUAUUGUUCAUUUAUAGCCAAAGAAACACCAAAAAAACUCAGUGCAAGAAGACAACUACAUCCUGAAAUGUCGCAAGCUUUUCCAUCAGUAUUUAGUUGAUAUGUAUGCGAAGAUCGAGACCGAACGUGUCCACUUUAUUCGAUUCAACCAAGCGAAAUUGCGUUCUGAAGAUUACAUCCAUUUGAGAGAUGCCGUGAUGAAUGAUGCAAAUGUGAAUAGCAUUGGACGUCUGACAAUAUUGCCAGCCACAUACAUCGGCAGUCCGCGCCAUAUGCACGAGUAUACGCAAGAUCCGAUGUCGUAUGUGCGCCAUUACGGCAGUCCGGAUCUGUUCAUAAUGUUCACGUGCAAUCCCAAGUGGAAUGACAUCAAAUGCCAUUUGUUCCCCGGUCAAUCAACAACUGAUCGUCACGACUUAACAGCACGUGUAUUCAGGAAAAAGCAAAAAGCAAUGAUGGAUUUAAUUGUGAAACUUCGUGUUUUUGGAGAAGUUCGAUGCUGGAUGUACUCGAUCAAAUGGCAGAGAAGAGGAUUACCGCAUGCACACAUCUUGAUUUGGUUAGUUCAAAAAAAUACGACCAGAUCAAAUUGAUAAAGUCAUCUCAGCGGAAAUUCCAGAUGAAGCAAUCGAGCCACAAUUGUUCAACGUUGUAACAAAAAACAUGAUCCACGGCCCUUGCGGGGCUAUUAAUCCAACGUCACCAUGCAUGAUUGACAAUAAGUGUUCAAAGCGCUAUCCUAGAGCUUUAGUUGAUGAUACAAUCACUGGAAAUGACGGAUAUCCAUUAUAUCGGCGUCGAUCCGCUGAAGAUGGCGGUAAUUUAACGGUCAUAAAAGUUCGGAAUCAAGACGUUGAUGCACAUCAAUGUAGAAUAUUGCAACUCUGUCAAAUCGAUCAAAUACAUCUGCAAAUACGUAAAUAAAGGCAGUGAUAUAGCAGUUUUCGGAGUGGUUAUCAGAGAAUAGAUGAAAUUCAGCAAUACCAAAUGGGCCGUUAUAUAAGCAGCAAUGAAGCGGUAUGGCGCAUUUUAUCGUUCCCAAUACAUGACCGGCAUCCCGUUGUUCUUCAUUUGGCAGUUCAUCUCGAAAAUGGUCAACGCGUUUACUUCACUGCAGACAAUGUACAACAGAGCGCAGCACGACCACCGCGGACAACACUAACUACCUUUUUCGAGUUGUGUGAAAACGAUGAAUUUGCAAGAACAUCGCUAUAUUCCGAAAUACGGCAAUAUUUCACUUGGAACCCAUCAUCGAAAACAUUUCAACGACGAAAGCAAGGGGAGCGUGUUGACGGUUAUCCAAAUGUCCGUAAAACCGAUGCCAUAGGACGCAUUUACACCAUCCAUCCGAACAACGCCGAUUGUUUAUAUUUGCGUCUACUAUUAGUCAACGUGCGCGGACCAAGAUCAUUUGAUGAUUUGAAAACUGUUAACGGUCAGUUGUGUGCGACGUAUCGUGAAGCAUGUCAGCGAUUGCAUUUGUUAGAAGAUGAUAUGCAUUGGGACACCGCACUUCAUGACGCAUCACUCACAUCUCAUCCAAAACAAAUACGCGUACUAUUCGCCAUAAUAAUAUCUACAUGCCUUCCGUCAAAUCCGCAAGAACUGUGGAAUAAGUACAAAGCCUGCAUGACCGAGGACUCAUUAAUUAUGGCGCGUAAUCGAGCAGACUUGCUAUAUACAUACAUUACAAAUGUAUAAUGAUGCUUUGAUAUUGGUUGAAGAUCUGUGCCUUACAAUUGCGAAUAAGGCAUUAGCGCAACUUGGCAUAACUGCGCCCAAUCGUUCAGUGAUGGAUAUGCUUGACCAUGAGCUUCAACGUGAACAACAAUACGAUUGCAAUGAAUUGCGUGCUUUCAUACAAGCUAUCAUUACCAAAUUGAAUAUUCAGCAGAAAAAUGCUUAUGAUAAGAUUACACGAGCGGUUGACAAUAACGCCGGUGGAUUCUACUUUCCGGAUGCGCCCGGUGGUACAGGGAAAACGUUUCUGAUCUCUUUGAUUCUUGCAACUAUACGGUCACAGCAGAAAAUUGCGCUGGCAAUUGCUUCGUCAGGCAUCGCUGCUACUCUACUUGAUGGCGGCCGAACAGCACAUUCUGCAUUGAAAUUACCGUUGAACAUCCAAGUCGUUGAAACACCAACGUGCAACAUAUCGAGGAAUUCAGCAAUGGCAAAAGUUUUGCGAGGAGCUGGAAUAGUUCUAUGGGAUGAGUGCCCAAUGGCUAACAAAAAGUCAUUACAAGCAUUCAAUAGAACAAUGCAAGAUUUACGACAAAAGCAACAACUUUUUGGUGGAGCAUUAGUCUUAUUAUCCGGCGAUUUUCGGCAAACUUUGCCAGUCAUUCCUCGAUCAACUCCUGCCGACGAAAUAAACGCAUGUUUAAAAUCGUCAGUUUUGUGGAGACAUGUUCAAAGGCUGACUCUUGCCAUCAACAUGCGAGUCCAAUUGCAAAAUGAUCGAUCCGUAGCGGCGUUUUCGAAGCAGUUGUUGGACAUUGGCGAAGGCAAAAUACCAAUCGCUGAUACCAGUUUGAUCACAUUGCCGAACAACUUAGGUACACUUUUACAAUCGAAAGAAGAAUUGAUUGAAAGUGUAUUUCUGAAUAUUGUUGUACACGUCAACGAAAUCAAUUUUGCAUUCAAGAAAAACUGCCAGGAGAAGCUACAACAUAUACAUCGAUUGAAUAGCGUUUUGAAUCAAGAUGAAGUAGUCAAUUAUCCAACUGAAUUCUUUGGAUCCCCCCGGUCUGCCACCGCAUCGUUUGGUCCUGAAAGUCGGUUCACCCAUUAUACUUCUACGAAAUCUGAAGCCACCGACUUUGUGUAAUGGCACAAGACUUUCAGUCAAAAAAUUGUGGCAAAUUUGGUUGAAGCAACAAUACUAAAUGGCAAGGAGCAGGUGAAGUUGUACUCUUACCACGCAUUCCCAUGAUUCCAACGGACAUGCCGUUUGAAUUUAGCGCUUGCAGUUCCCAGUACGUCUUGCCUUUGCGAUGAAUAUCAACAAAUCGCAAGGGCAAACGUUUCAAGUGUGCGACGUCAAUUUGGAAGAACCGUGCUUCUCCCACGGCCAAUUGUUCGUCACAUGCUCGAGAGUAGGAACACCAAGGUGCUUAUUCAUUUACGCGCCAGGUGGACAAACCAAAAAUGUUGUAUACCAAUAUGUUUUAUAAAUGUUUUAUAAAUAAGUAACAGUUUUACAACAAUAAAUAAAACACAAAGUAAAAACC